AUGGCCUCAUCAACGACAGCAGCACAGCAGAGGGCCGCCCCCUGCCAAGACGCAGACAUGUUGGCCCACGUGCGAGCACAUUGGGCGACCAUUCAACCCAACUCCCCAGUCUACAACUUCUUCUUCCCCUCUAUCAAGAUAAUCUCUGCAACCGCCGCCUCGGGCCGCGUGGUUGCCCACCUGCCGCUCGAAGCACAGCACAUAAACAGCAAAAAGAUCCUGCACGGCUCCGUUUCGGCUACCCUCGUCGACUGGGCCGGCGGCAUGUCCAUCGCCGCCGCCAGGGAGCUCGAGAAGACCGGUGUUAGUGUUGACAUCCACGUCAGCUAUGUCGGCGCCGCCAGGGAGGGCGACGUGCUCGAGAUCGAGAGCUGGGUCAGCAAAGUUGGCCGCAACUUGGCCUUUACGAGUGUCGAGAUCCGAAAGGCCGUCUUGGAUGCCGACGGGACGCCCAGGUAUGGUGAAAAGGGCCAAGUUGUGGCCACGGGAAGUCACACAAAGUAUCUCCUUGUUUGA